AUGGAUGGAUUAGACGCUGAUUUCGAUUCAUAUUGGGAAGAAGAGGCCCGAAACCCGAAUCGAAACCGAAUCCGAAUCGGUCGUCAAUAUCAGGCAACUGUUCCGCCGAUUCUUAAGCAAGGCGAAAGCGAUGGCAGAAAAUUAGAAGAGUUAGAGACAUUGCGGUGGAGAUCAGACAAUGAGCUAACGGAUGAACAAUUGGAUGAAUACUUAUCGGUGGCCAAAGCUGUCGGUCUGUUCACGCGAGCGAUCGACAAGAAUUACACCGAAAAUAAUAGUGUGAAUAGCGAUAGUCAUAAAGACACCACAAAUUCCAGUGAAACCAACACUAACUCCAACGAAAACACCGAGAAUUGUGAGAAAUCUGAUGACAAGUCGAAAGACAACUCUUCGACUUCGGGUUCGACCUCUAAUUUGAAGGACCAUCCCAUCGAAAACGCGCUCAAAGGACUGUCUGAAUUCGUGUCUUCACACCAUCCCACACAUCAUGACAACGGAUGUCGAUAUGAGACAAUCCCCGAACCACUUAAUCAGUCGGACAUUGCCAACAGUUUAACGGCUCAAUUGUAUGCUGAAUGGAACCCAAAUGAGACCAGGCUGUUUUGUAGAGCACUGGAGGUUUGCGGCAAGAAUUUCAGUGCAAUUAAGAAGAAUUUCCUUCCGUGGAAGUCCGUGAAGAGUAUUAUUGAGUUCUACUACUUGGGAAUCGAUAGGGAAAGCACUCACUCGCCGCCCAAACAUGACCACCAGAACGACGGCAAUCAAAGUGAAACUGUAGUCAACACUAACAUUAAACCCGAUUCCAUCAGCAGUUCCUUUGCAUUGGAUAUCCUGUCCUCAGUGUCAAAGUUCAUGGCCUGCGCUCAAAUCAAACCACAACUUAAUAAUUGCGAUCAAAAUCCAAAUUUGCAAAACUCUUUCGACAAUAAUAUUUGUGAUCUUAAGGCCAGUUUAGAAGACCUGAAAACAUCUGCCAUCAGCGGCCAAGAAGUGAAGCCAUUGAAGGCGAAGCCUAUACUUCCGACUGCUUUCCAAGAAUCAAAUAAUAACAUCUCGACCGUAGGCUCCCUUAAGUUCUAUUUGGACGGACAGUUAGUCCUUAAACUCAAUGCUCAACAGGAGUUGUUGGGCCAGAAGUGCCAAUGGGUUGAGUCGUUGGACACGGCAAAGAAGGCACGUUCCCUACAUAAGGCCCACAAACGACUACUCAUUGAUCGUCAAGACUCGGACCUACAGAACCACUCAAAUCAUAAGUAUCUAAAUAACGACGAUUUGGAUGACGCCUCCAAUGAGUCGAGUGAUGACGACUCCAUGGAAAGCAAUGAAAGCGCUUUAGUUCCCUCGCCAUCGGCUUUCAUCGCUAAGAAAGCAAAAGUGAAACUCGAAAACAAUUGUCUCAAACCAUUAUCUUCUCCGACGUCUCUAUCAAUGAAAGAUUCAAAAAUCGAGACAAAUGUCUCGAAUCCGUGCAAUCGUCUCAUUAAGACUGAAGGCUCGUCUGUGAAGAGGGAGCGCUUGAGUCCCAACUUAACAACAAAUGAAGAGAUUAGUGAACACAGGAAGAGAUCUUCCAGUGAAUCGACAAAUGAAAGGAGAAGUUCGCAGAAUUCACUCGAAAACAAAUGGUAUCACACCAUCGUUGAGAAGUCUUCACUACAACCACCCAAAGCUCAUUCAGCAGCACCCGCCGGACACCGACACUCUCGUUACGAGUCGACUCCUAACUCAUGGGCAAUGUCAUCGUCGUCCUCCUCAUCUUCAACGUCAUCCCAGUCCUCUUAUUCAAUGCCAACACCAGUAUCGGUGGCAUCGAAUGCAAUACCCGUAGACCUGACGCGAAAGUCAUCCAAUUAUAAAGUGAAGUCUUCCAGCAAUUUGUGCCAAAAGGUAUUCGAUAGCCGAUCACAAGUACCGGUAAAAUCUUCUCCACCGAGUUCUCCAUCAUCUCUACCGUCGUCUACGCCUCCUCUUCCCCCACAACUGGCUUUCAUUCAAAGUUCGUUGGCUUCAUAUCUACCUAUUUAUGAACAAUAUUAUCGUUACUAUUAUGGGUACGGAGUGCCGGCUCCUAAUCACUCUUCGGGUGAGAGACAGUCUCCGGGUCAAUCGUCUAAAGACAGUGAGGCCAACAAUAAGGAACGGACUAAAUGUAUGGCCGAUGCAGUCCUAGUGGACGGCAAUGACCCAAACUGUGGUCCAUAAUAAGUCAUAUAUUGUAUGGUAUGCGUGAAUAGUAGUUAUAUUAACCUUUUGUCAAUCUAUUGCCAAUUUGUUCGACCAUUGAAUAGCAGACUAAAGGAUUGGAAACUCAAACACUACUCAAUAGUUAGCAUUGAAUUCUUGUUUGGUUUAAUACUUUGUUAGGUAUAGGUAUCGCAAAUGUAGAUAUUAUUUCUCAACUCUUGUUUGCUA